CAUAGAAAGGCUUACACAAAUAUUUUGUUUUUCGCGAUAAUUUUUGUGGCAUGCAAAAGUUUUCUGAUAUAAAGUAUUCUCGAUCGCAGUUAAAGACCCAAAUUUAGCGGAUUUUCAAUUUUGCGAUAAUGGAUUUUUUUUUUAUAAAUCUCCAUUAUAUUUGUAAACACAACACAUUGUUCGCAAAUAAGUUGCUCGAUCAAAUUUGUUGAUAACAGUACUAUUAUCAAUUUACAGUUAAGCGACAUUUAAUCCAACAAUUAUGUUUUCGUGUUUUUUGUUCGUUGACAUUAAUAUUAUAAAAGCGUACUGUAGCCAAACGAAUUUCAGUCACAACUGUUUCUAUCAAACAAACCUAUCAUAAUGAAGUUAGCUGUACUUGCGCUCGCCUUAGUCCUGUGCGUGGCAUUCGCCGCGGCCGAUAUCGAUUACUCUGUUGAGGAUAAUGAAAUAGAGGAGUUCGCUCCUUUGGGGCUCGCCGACGAACUUGGCGAGGUGGAUACAUUCAGCGUGCUUGGUAUAUUAUGGUCUGCCCUCACUGGCGGUUUGCGUACACUCAAAGGCAUCAAUUGCACCAUACGCCGUGUGAUGAGCAUACGCGAUGAAGGCGUUAAUUUCCUCAAUGCCUUUAAAGGCUGUAAUAGUGCCGCCUUUAAGGACCUGAACGUUGUGCUUAGUCAAGUACGAACUGUGGUGAAGACGUCCAAUGAUAUUAUCCAUUUGAACAGCAACGUUUGCAAAAAUGGAGCUCUCGAUGAUCAGGCUGAUGCCAAGAAGAAUACUCCUUUCGUCUGUUUCUUUAAGGUGUUGGGUAAAAUAUUGUCGCUGAAAAAUCAAAUUGGUAAGACAAUUACCUUGUCGAAGAAGUUGUCAUCCACACCGGGCACCUAUGGCACGUGCAAUAUCGACUCAGUAGGCGACUUGGUUUCGGUAUUCACACAAUUCCCGUCUUACGUGAAGACUUGCUCAAAGUUGAGAAAUUAAACUAUGAAGUUCUUGUUUGCUGUAAAUUUUGAUAUUGCAAAGAAUAAAUAGAAAUUGCUUUGCGUGUGCAUUAAAA